AUGUUUAUGAAAAGAGUGAGGUUUGUUUGCCUAGGGAUCCUCUUCCUGUCCCCCUUCCCAGCCAGCACCUGGGACUACUGCCAGGAGCACUGGUGUCCCCGGUCCAAUAACCACAUAGCCUGCAACAACAAUGGGACAUUUGGACGCGAGUGCCGUAGUGAGGCCAGGUUGAUACCGCUGAGCAGUCAGCAACGCACGUUCAUUGUCAACCAGGUGAACUUCUACCGCAACCAGGUGGCCUCGGGCGGGUUCUCCGGCUUUGGGGCCGCCCACCGAAUGGCCAGUGUGCGCUGGGACCCCGAGCUGGCCCAGCUGGCGGAGAUGGCGGCCAGGAGGUGCAGCCUUUCCGGCGACGAGUGCCGCAAUACCAGGCGGUUCAAGCACGUGGGUCAACUCACUGGCCACGUGAUCUUCAGCGCGGGAAAGCACAGCGACGUGGAGCUGCUGGGCCACAAGAUCUCCAACUGGUUUGGCCAGUACAAGCGGGCCACCAAGGAGCUGGGCGCCGCGGAUCCAGCCAGCGACAUUACCAGCUUCCGGCAGCUGAUCCAGGAAAGGGCCACCCACCUGGGAUGCGGGGUACUCCGACAACGAAGCCACAAGCGGUGGCACCAGCAGUUCAUCGUCUGCAACUUUGCCCGCGAGAAUGUGAAUUUGGAACCGGCCUACCAGGUGGGGGCUCUUCCUGCCUCGGGAUGCCGAGCGGGACGCAAUCCCCGCUACCCGAAUCUCUGUGCCCUCCAGGAGCACUAUGAUGUGAACGCCGUUGACAGGUUCCAGGAAAAGCGACCCAUAAGGUUCAGGAUCAAGUACAGCGGACCCAAGGCAUCGAAAGCUGUUCCUGGCCUGGCCUUUCACCCCAACAUCCGUAUGGGACCCCUUUUGUAAUAUCUACAAACAGAUGAAGUGAAUUCGUAUCUUUAAUAAUCUUCCCUCUUGUAUCUUAACUAAUAUACCUAACAAUUGUAAUUUCUAGUAUAUUAAAAGUUUACGCCUGACCAGGUCUUUUUAAAACCCCUAAAA